CAAAAGCGAAGCAACAAAUCCAAAUUCAACUGACAGUCACGUCACAACACGAAGCAGCAAAACAAACUAGGGGGAAGAAUAAUGUCUACGAUUUCACUGCAGUCAGCGGUAUAAAGCGCUCAGCACAUUGCCAAUGCACAGCCAAAAUCCAAUUGGAGCGUUACUGAGACGGAGCAUCAUCAUUAUCGACAUGAUGUUGACACGGAAUAGAAACAUUUUAAUAGCCACAGCUUUGUUGUCACUUGUUCAACUGGCUGCAUCCACUGGUGUGACCACUACAACAACAAUCAGUCCAACCACGUCCACAACAUCCCGUUAUGCUAAUCCUCUAGUGGAGCAUAAGCACGAGCGCAACUGCAAAGCGCUGUGUGAGCACUGCGGGUGCCUAGGCUUUUACUGUGGCGAGGAGUGCAUCUGUGAGUGCAACAAUGAAAAUUCAGAUACCGAAUGCAUACAGACAAUGCAGCUAAAUGCGCGCACACUUAACGCUCCCUUCGAAAUCCUCAUCCAAGGACCAAGCAACAAUCGCUUUGUGCGCAAUGCCCUUCAGUUCGACCAGAAGCGGGAGCUGGUUGUCCGGAGUGCUUCCCAGAACAAAAGUCCGCGUAAUCGUCGCUCCACUAUCACCAUCUACAAACCAAUGUUGAUGUCGGUUGCUGCUAAGCGUCCAGCUUUAUCCAUGAACGCUUUGGAAUCACCCGCAUCGUUGGGCGAAAAAAAAUCGCAGUUAGAACGUCACAAGCGCUCUGUGGAUCACUUGGAAUGGUUCAAUGAUUUUGCCAGCACUUUGGUGCGUCCCUCGCCACUUGGGACACGUGCCCAGAAGCAACGAGCAGCGGCCUUUAAACGCCAGGCAGCCACUACACCGCCAUUGACAGGACCACAUCGAGAGCCAUGGUUUCUGGAGCAAGCUGCUCCUCGCCUCAAUCGUCCAGCGCCGCUUUAUAGACGACAGCAGCAGCUCGACGACGACGAAGAGAGAGAGCGGGAGGAACGCAAGUCACGCAAGAGCUCUAGACGUCGAGUGAGUAAACCAGUUUCAAUUGAAGACGAUUCCGAUGCAGCAGAGGAAGUGCGAAAACCCCGACCAGAGAUUCGUCCGCUUCGCGAUGCACUGCAGGUAGUAGAGCGUAUUCCUCGGGUGCUGCAGGACACUGUGACACAUUUGGCUGCUGACGACAAUAGCGGCGAUGUCUUCAGCUUAAAUAUCAUGAACGAUGUUUUGCCUACGCCAAUGGAACCACAACGCAAGGAGCCCAGAAAGGUGAAACGACGCUUGAACCAUCGCAGCCGUAAGAACGAAGUGCCAACGACCAGAGUCUCUACUCCCGUGACACGGCCUCCAUUAGUGAUGCCUCCAGCGCCCCUAGCCCCGCGUGGUCUCCUUUUGCCUUGGCUACGCCAGCAGCGUUUGAAGCGCUUGGGGCUGCAACAAUAAUAUGGGCAUAAUUAUUUUUAAAUGUAAUACGAUUUAAUGAAAUUUAUGUUAUAUUGAGUAGGUUUGUCGUAAGUGGAUGGCUGUGCUUUAUUGUGCGUUUAUUUUACGCUUCCUACAACUACUUUUGUUGUUCUUUAUUAAAACGUGUCCUUUGUCACUUAGGAAAUUAAAUAA